UUGUACACAGCUGUAGUGUGCAACACGUGCGUGCUCGUGGUCAGAGCACCAUUCUUGAGUUUGCUGUUUGUGUUACAUUUUUUGGUGACAUGGGGGUCCACGACAAUAUGGAUUCGAAGUAUAACGUUAUGGGUACUUCGGGCUUUUCAAAAUUAGCACCGAAACGUCCUACCACCGUCGUGUUUAACGAGAGCCCAAGCAAAAUUAAAAAACUCGAGGAUAGUCAACACGUUCAGACAGAAAGUGUGGAUAAAGGAAACAUAAGCAUACUACAACAAAGGAAAUCUUUACCAGUUUACAGGCUUCGCAAGCGACUGCUUGAGGAGAUUCGACGCAACAGCACGCUGAUCGUAAUUGGUGAAACUGGCAGCGGCAAGACCACGCAGAUUCCUCAGUUACUUCUGUCUUCGGGCAUAGCAGGUGUAUCAGGUUGCAUCGGCAUCACGCAACCGCGAAGAGUGGCGGCGGUCAGCGUGGCACGUAGAGUGGCCCAAGAACAAGGGGUGGAAACAGGAAAGUUGGUCGGUUACUGCGUGCGUUUUGAAGACGUUACGUCCCCCCAGACGAGGAUCAAAUAUUUGACCGAUGGUAUGAUGGUUCGUGAGGCGAUGACCGACGAGAAUCUGUCCAAUUAUUCUGUGGUGAUUCUGGAUGAGGCGCAUGAAAGAUCGGUGCAGACCGACGUAUUGCUCGGUGUGGCGAGGCGGGCGCAGAAUUUACGGAAGCUUAAAAACCUGCCACCAUUGAAGCUGCUCGUGAUGUCGGCGACGAUGGACGUCGAUAAGUUCGCCAAGUAUUUUCAAGCACCGGCGGUGUACUUAGAGGGUCGUCAGCAUCCCGUGAAGAUUUAUCACGCCGUCAAGUCGCAAGAAGAUUAUGCGUUUUCCGCUCUUGUUACCGCUUUCCAGAUUCAUCGCGAUAAUCCUGCCAACGAGGACAUUCUGGUCUUUUUAACUGGGCAGGAAGAAAUAGAAGCUGCAGUCGUGAGCGCAAGACAAGUAGCUAAACAGUUGGAUGGACAGGGAUAUCCGCCAUUAAAGGUCUUUCCAUUGUAUUCAGCUUUGCCAACGCAUCAACAAUUGGAAGCCUUUAAGCCGUCUGCUCCUGGAAUGCGGAAGCUUAUUUUGUCAACCAACGUAGCUGAAACGUCUGUUACAAUUGGUGGAAUUCGACAUGUGAUCGACACUGGAGUGGUCAAAGCGAGAACUCAUCACCCGACGACAGGAUUGGAUGUGCUCAGGGUGGAAAAAGUCUCAAAGGCACAGGCCUGGCAGAGGACAGGCAGAGCGGGCCGGGAAGCGGCCGGCAAAUGUUACAGAACCUACACGAAAGAAGAUUUCGAAAGGAUGAAGGAGAUGCCGGUGCCCGAGAUACAAAGGUGUUCCCUCGCGGGAGUGGCGCUCCAGCUGCUCGCCAUCGGGAUUGAUAUCACUACCUUUGAUUUCAUGGACAAACCGCCGACAGAAGCUGUCGACGUCGCGGUGACCUGUUUGGAGAAGCUUGGCGGUGUUAAAGGUUCUCCGCCGCAGCUGACUACACUUGGCAGGACGAUGUCCUUAUUCCCAUUGGAUCCAAGAUUCACCAAAGUAAUUCUUGCAUCGGUGGAGCACCAGUGUCUCGAGGAAGCGUUGUCAGUGAUUGCACUAUUGUCGGGGGAGUCUGUUUUCACCGAUCCACCUGCUAAAAGGCAACAAGCUUAUGUUGCGAGAUUGAGAUUCGCGUCACCCGAGGGAGACCAUGUCACGUUGCUGAACGUUUUUCGCGCAUACAUGAACACGAAGCAGAAGAAGGUCUGGUGUCACGAGAACUUUCUGCAUCAUAGGAAUCUGGAGUAUGCCGCGGAGGUGCGCCAGCAGCUUGCCGCAUUAGCGAAACGUGCGAAUUUGGAGAAGGCGAGCUGCGGAACGAAUACAGAGCAACUCAGGAAAGCGCUCCUCGAGGGCCUCUACGAUAACCUCGCCGAACUGCAGAGGGAUCAAACUUACAUCACCGUGAGCUCGAAGCAGCCGGUAGCGAUACAUCCUUCCUCGACGUUACAUGGUUCCAAGCCGCCGCUAAUAUUGUUCACGGAGGUCGUAGCCACCGGAAGAUGUUAUAUUCGCGGUUUGUCUGUCAUCGAGUCCUCGUGGCUGUCUGAAAAAGGGUUUAAUAUCGGAAAACACGACUAACAAGGAUCCACUGGACUCCGCAAAUGAGUUCCACUGUAAAAAGAUGAAACAUUUCAGGAUCUCGCUUCCUCCUAGAUCGUUGCUUGUUUUUCUACUUUGUACAGUCGUUUAAUAAAACUUUUUACAGCCUCGUUGGUAAUAGGACUUACUUUCUUGUUCUCUAACUCAGUGACCUCUUUAUCCUUAUUACGUUUCCACUGGACAUAAUUUUCAAAAAUUGUACUGAUCAUUUUUAAGUACAUAUUAUUAAGAAAUAUUUAGUUUAAUUUGGGACAAAAAUGAUCAUGUUUCAAUGAUACUUUUGAUUUUAUUUUUGUACUGUUAAUAUCUUCGUAUGUUCCAGUACUUAAGUAAGGGGUAGAGUAUAAUUAAAUUGUAUUGCAUACAAGAAAUGGUUUUGUAUAUAUGAUAAAGAAUAUUAUUCAUUAAU